GUCAGCAGCAAAUGAGCUCUGGAGGCCGCGGCUCCUUGCACCCCGGCUUGGACAUGCGCGCUAGGGCUGGGUGCUGAGAAGACUCUGUGGAGCCCCGCGCGGAUGGUGGCCUGAGGGCGGCGGAGGCGGAGCGCGCCGCGAGCUGGGGGCGUGUCUAGAGGAAGGCCGAACAGCCGCCACCACGCUUUCAUUCGCGGCGAGACGCAAGCGAGCCAGGCUGAGGGCCGUGGCAGCUAUGCAGCGACGGCGGCGUCCUUCGCCGCCUGCUUCUCAGCUGCCAGAGGACUGCGGGGGAGGUGGUGGCGGCCGCGGGGGCCGCAGGGGCCGCGGCGGCCGCGGCGGGAGCGAGGAGGUGGAAGUGCAGUUCUCCGCCGGGCGUUUGGGCUCGGUCGCUGUGGAUUCGGCGGCUGCGGCGGUAGUGGUAGCCUCGCGCAGCACGGAGGAGGAGGAGGAGAGGCUGGAGCGCGAGCACUUCUGGAAGAUCAUUAAUGCCUUCCGCUACUACGGCACCAGUAUGCAUGAGCGAGUGAACCGAACAGAAAGACAAUUUCGAUCACUUCCAGCUAAUCAACAGAAACUACUUCCUCAGUUUCUUCUUCACUUGGACAAGAUCCGGAAAUGCAUUGAUCAUAAUCAAGAAAUACUACUGACCAUUGUGAAUGAUUGCAUACAUAUGUUUGAAAAUAAAGAAUAUGGAGAAAAUGGGAAUGGAAAGAUUAUGCCAGCAUCUACAUUUGACAUGGAUAAAUUAAAAUCCACAUUGAAACAGUUUGUACGAGACUGGUGUGAAACUGGGAAAGCAGAAAGGGAUGCCUGUUACCAGCCAAUCAUUAAAGAAAUUUUAAAAAAUUUUCCAAAAGAGAGAUGGGAUCCUUCUAAAGUAAAUAUUCUGGUACCUGGUGCUGGACUAGGAAGACUGGCCUGGGAAAUAGCUAUGCUAGGUUAUGCUUGUCAAGGAAAUGAAUGGAGUUUUUUUAUGCUCUUUUCUUCCAACUUUGUACUCAACAGAUGUUCUGAAAUUAAUAAAUAUAAGCUUUAUCCCUGGAUCCAUCAGUUUAGCAAUAACCGGAGGUCAGCUGAUCAGAUUCGACCCAUCUUUUUCCCUGAUGUUGACCCCCACAGUCUUCCUCCUGGUUCUAACUUUUCUAUGACAGCAGGAGAUUUUCAGGAGAUAUACUCAGAAUGCAAUACCUGGGACUGUAUUGCUACCUGUUUCUUCAUAGACACAGCUCACAAUGUAAUUGAUUAUAUUGACACAAUAUGGAAAAUACUGAAGCCAGGUGGAAUUUGGAUAAAUCUAGGUCCUCUGCUGUACCACUUUGAAAAUUUGGCCAAUGAACUUUCCAUAGAAUUGAGCUAUGAGGAUCUAAAAAACGUUGUUCUGCAGUAUGGAUUCCAGCUAGAGGUGGAAAAAGAAUCUGUCUUGUCAACGUAUACUGUGAACGAUCUCUCCAUGAUGAAAUACUACUAUGAAUGUGUCUUGUUUGUGGUUCGUAAGCCACAAUAAUAGUCUCAAGUGAUAUCACCAGGGAAAAAAGUUUAAUAAGAGCAAAUCCUGAAAUAAACAACACAGAAAAAAAUAUCAAAUGACAGGACGCAACCUCAAAUCAGUGGUGCCUUCUUAUUCCUAACAAAGUUUAGAAAUAGUGUCUAUUUUCUUAUGUCUAUCGCUUUUUCAGAAUUAUACUAUGCCAUGCAUAUUUGUAUUACACAAGUAAAAACUGAGGAAAUACCUUCAAGUUUACCUUUUGCUUGAAACCAGAAUUGUCUUUCAGUAGGAAAAACUUUAGUGUCUUCAUGAAGCUGUCCGUUCCAAGUCUGCCAUACUAACAAGUAAUAGUAUUGAAGUCCACAGAAAUCUCCUUCUUUUUUGUUUUGUAUGCAUUGCACAUGUUAUUUUUAGAAGAGUCUAAGGAUCCUCUCAUUCAACAUUUGGAAUUGAGACUUUUUAUUCAUUUAGACCUAAGCAUACAUUAGACCUACAUGAAAUGUGUCUGUUCUUUUAUUAUUCAAAUCAUUUUAUUUUUUUCUAGCUCAGUUGAAGUUGCAGAAGCAUCAAACUUUUCAUUUUUAUGAAAUACUAAAUUUAAUAGUAUCACAGGCCAGUAAAAAUGCAUUCAGGUAAUCAAGAAAUUAGUAAGUGUUUUGGUCACUAAACAACACUUUGAAAGUAUACUCAUCAUGGAUCACUGAAAUGUAUGAAAAUUUCAACAAUCUUAAGUGAGGCACAAAAGCCUUUAUUAAAGGUACUAUUAGGAAACUGGGAGAAUAAGAAUAAAAUCUGCCCAUUUGAAAUGUAUGAUUUCAAACUAUAAAUGAAUAUAGUUGGUCAGUGAGAUGUUUACAGUAAUGUCUUUUCUAUGGAUUACCUGGAUACAAAAGCAAGCACUUUUUUUUUUCUUCAUUAAAACAACUAUAUACUAGUAAAAACUGUCAUGAUAGUAUUAAUGCGGGGAAAUUUUGAGUAUGAAAUUCAGGGAUAAAUUACUGCCCAUGGUCUGUGUCUUCAAUAUUGUAAGCAGCAGCCAUUAAUAUAAUUUCAGAUUAACACCAGUUUUGUUCCCCGAUAGCUGGGGCUAAAACAGUAUGUGCUGUUUUAAAUUUCUACCUCUAGCAGGUCUUUAUUGGAGGGAGUUUAUCUUUGUGUUUUUAUGUUAAUCUAUUUCCUAUAGCUUAGAAAGUAGGGAUGACAAAUACAAUGUUUUAACCUUUUCUUGGAGGAAAGGAAGUACUCUUGAAUAUUUUCACUCGUUAUUGUGAUGGGAUUAAGUGACCUCUCUGUGGUCAUUUGGAUUAGAUAAAUUUAAUCUCAGUAAUGUGCUGGUAGCAUAAAUAUCGUGUUUCAACAGGAAAUUUUACUUGUAAGUCGUUAAACCUUUACAGCCAGUUGGGUUGGAGGAGUCACGACACAAUUUGGCAUCUCACUAAUAGGGGCCUUUCUGCCUGUAGUAGGGGAGCUCUUUGCCCUUCAUGCCCACUAUGCAGCGAAGGAGUCUAUGAGGCUGAUUCGACUUGUCAGUUUAUGCAAGCCUAUAACCUGCUGAGGGUUGUUUUUUUUUAAAUGAUUUCUCUUUUUCUGUGUGUCCCUUAGUACUUGGCAGAUGUUUUCUUAGUGGAAAUUCUCAUUUUUUACCAUAUAAAUAAACUUGAAAAAAUUGCUCCCCCAAAUUAUGUAUUAUUAUUUUUAAGAAAGAAAAGAGACUUAAAAGGAACCUAGGUAUUUUUUAAAAAUCUACUGAAAGAAAUACAUACUGUUUUGAGUAAUUUAGAAGAGUUUUUUUUAUUCACGGACUAGUAUUUACUCUUUUAGAAUGCAUAUCAAAACAGAUAAUCUUGGUUUUCUUAGGCAAAAACAGGUUGAAACUGGUGGGUUGGCUUUAUUACGUAAAGUUUCUGCUAUCAAGUUUUAUUCUUUAAUAAUGUUACUUACAUUUAUAAACUAUAGCUUACAUUUUAGUUCAUUCUGAAAUCAGUUAUUUUGUUUUUAAUUUCUCCCUUAUGUAAUGAACACUUAAAUGUUUUACACAGAUUUGCAUUGCUUCUUUUCCUCUUAAAGCUUUCACAAUUAAUAUAUUCUAAACUUGAAAACAGUGGUAUUAAUCAACAGAAGAAGUGUCAUUGGAAGAUUUAAUUUUCUAUUUCCUAUAUGUAAUAUUACUAAAAUGUGUAAGCCUUAACAGUUUUACUUUUUUCUUAAGUUAGCUUUAUGACAGAUGUUUUCAUUCAUUUCCAUAAAACAGGAGGAGAUAGGUCAUUGUGCUUGCUGUUUAUCCACCCCCCCCAAUGAAGUGGUGCAGGUUAGGGUAUGUUAAUCAAGUGAGCAAGGUAGGAUAUGUAAAAUGUAAAGAGAAGCUGUAUAAAUCACAGUAUAAAAUUAUGAAGUUUUGGAAUUGUAAAAUGUACUGUAUUUAUAUGUAAUUCUCAUUCUAAAAGUUGCCACAAAGGCUGAAUUGGAAGCUUCAUGUCUGCAUGAAAUUUCCUGUAUUUUUAAUGUGUAUGAUGGGCUUGAUUUUUCUUGAAUAUUAAAGUCUGCCAAUUGCUAUGAACAAUA